CGGCUGAACGAUUGCCCCAAAGCCACCGACAGCCUGACAGAGAGCGAACAAGUGCGUGCAAAGGGAACGGUACCAAAAAAAUAAAACGGCGACCAACGAAAAAACAAGGCAGAACAGGCUUACUGCGAGCAGGCAAAUUACCAGCAGGCAAACAGCAUUAGCGAGAUCGAGGAACACCCGCCAGCAGCAGAAGGAAGAAACCAAAACGGGCGAUCGAAGGCGAACGGGUGGCGUGUAAAUCCUCCCCAGUGCCAGCAAAGCCCCGAGACCGGGCUGCACAGGAACGGAACGACCCCAGGGGGAAACCACCGUACCAAAAACCGGGACAGAUAGCACCUGCAACCUCGUCGAAAUAGUAGACCGCAUUGGCCCCUACUUCGAAGUUAACCGAUUGAAGUGCAAAACCAACAAAAGAAACCAAAAAUCCCACCACCACCAACCCGCCGCCCUAUCAACCGAGCCGUAAGAAAGCGCGUAAUCAAACCUUCGAACGAGUACACACACACAUACGCGCGCGCGUUAAGCAAUAGCAACAAGCAACAAGUUCGAUAACAGCAAGAGCCGAAGCCGAGCCCAGCCUGCUUAGAGAGAAGAAACAACAACAACAACAAAAAUGGCGAAGAAAACAUACGACCUGCUGUUCAAGCUGCUGCUGAUCGGCGACUCCGGCGUGGGGAAAACCUGCAUCCUGUUUCGCUUUUCCGACGACGCGUUCACGUCCACCUUCAUCUCGACCAUCGGAAUUGACUUUAAAAUCAAAACCAUCGAGCUGCGGGGCAAGAAAAUAAAGCUACAGAUCUGGGACACGGCGGGACAGGAACGGUUUCAUACGAUCACCACCUCCUACUACCGCGGCGCGAUGGGCAUCAUGCUGGUGUACGACAUAACGAACGAGAAAAGCUUCGACAAUAUAGUGAAAUGGUUGCGAAAUAUAGACGAGCACGCUAACGAGGACGUGGAAAAGAUGAUCCUCGGCAACAAGUGCGACAUGGCGGACAAGCGUGCGGUGCGCAAAGAGAGGGGCGAAAAUAUUGCCCGCGAACAUGACAUCCGCUUUAUGGAAACGUCCGCCAAAGCGAACACGAACAUCGAGCUGGCGUUCCGCGAGCUGGCCGAAGCCAUCCUGGACAAGGUGGCCGGCAAGGAGACGACCGACAACCCGGACCGGGUGGUCGUGAACAGGAGCACCGGCGAGCGGUUACCCGCCUACAAGGCCUGCUGCACGUAGUGUGCUUAAGCCAUCCAUGCCGUCGCCCCCAUCCCCCUGCUUUUCGUUCCACCCACACACUCCUUUCCCUUGCCGCGCAGUAUGGCGCGUGUGUCGUUCCUAGGUGUGUAUCGCCGCGGCGCCCUGGCGUGUCCCCCGGGCAGCCCAAAAGCCCCGACACCACGCCAACCUGUCACGGCUUACUUCCCCUCUGCACUCUAUCGCUGACCGUGGUGCGGGUGGAGGGGGGCAAACGGGGGAGCAACCGGGUGUGUACACGAGAGUCCCGCGUGUCGGUGCCGUGCUUCGUUUUUUUUUGUUUUCUUUGUUGCGUUUAAGAUUUCGAGCUCUGCAGCAGCGCCUGGGCCUAGUAGGACGGUGUACGGGGCAAAAACCAAACACCGUGAAAUGAAAUUAGUAGCAGAUAUUGUAAGAUUAGUUCUGACUGGCGGUGUCAAGAGGGCACGUGUUUGUGUGCAUGUGUGUGGGUGGGGGCUAGAAGGCGCUAGUGCGCAUUAUUAACGGCAAACACACAAAUAUCAUUCACAAUUACAUUUCCCGCGGUGUGCGCUCUGUCUGUUUUAGUCUGUUUAGUAGUGGUGAAGCGGUCACCACCGAGAGUGAGAGAUAGGGAGACCGAGUAGGAAAUAGUGCCGUAGGGCGCGAGAAUGUACGUGUUGCACAGGAGGGGGUCUGGGGGCUGUAUUUCAUUACCGUUUAGCGUUUAGACCAAUUUGAGAUUUAGCGUUCGCGUGCGCGAGAGACAGCUGUGUGGCCCGUUCUUUUUAAAUUUCCUCACCCCCAUAACCACAUUAAUUUUCAUUUUCGGCAAGAGUUACGGGCCAGUGCGGCUCGUGCCGUGUUUAGCUUUAGUUACAUUUUUUGUUUGUUUGUUUUCGAGUUUUAGCUAAAUGAGAGAGAUGGCAAAUAGUAGACACGUGCGCCGAUGUAUCGCUUAGUGAGGAGCAUUGUAACGGCUCGUCUGUUGCGAUUAUUUUGUUCUUUCUUUUAACUAAUCGAACUGAAUCGAAUGGGUUUAUGUUUGGAUGGUUUUAUUAAAUUGUUUCCCCACAACAACCACAAAAAAGCAAACAAACCCAACAUAAAACCACACAGAUACACAAACACACACACAUACAUUUUAAUGAUAUAACCUUUGAUUUCGUAGUAUAUUUAGCAAACGCUCACUCCCGCCCCACAAACAAACACUGCUUUCGUAGGAAGGCGUUAGACGAAACAAAGCAAAAACUACCCACAAGGAGCAACAAAGGGGGGGGGGAGGUAACGAAGUUGUGUUGCCGUUUGCCAGCUUUAAGUUUUACGCGUGAGGGCCCCCGUUGCCGACUGUCCACGCGGCGGCAGUUUUGGGGAGCGCAGUGGCAUUCGUUUGAUGGUCGAUCCAUGAAAAAAUCACUUUAAUAUUGCGCUCCCGGUAACGGCUUGUUGUGUAAUUAGGUUGCAAGCAGGUGGGGCGCAAAACCACCGGAGAGGGAAGAGAAAGAAUAUGCACCGCGACAAACAAACAAAUCAAACAAAUCAAAAGCCCGAAGCUUUAAGCCAAGCGAGCCAGCUUAUUUCAAUUUUUCUGUUGUGAUGAGUACGAAGUUACGUUAAGCUAAUGAUUUGCAGUUAGUAGAGGAAAAGAGAAGGAAGGAAGAGAGAGAGAGAGAGAUGGAGAGAGAGAGAGAGAGAAAGAAAGAGAGAGAGAGAGAGAGAGAGAGAGCGAGAUAAAGAGAAAUAAAAUGCGUAGAGCAAACAAAAUAAUGUUACUAAAGAUGAAAGGUAAGCCACAAGGGGAAGUGAAAAAAAUGUGAACCCUUACGCGCCGCUAGUACGAUUAGAUGUAAUGAAACGAGAGCAAACGAAGAAGAAGAAGAAGAAGAAGAAGAAGAAGAAGAAGAAGAAGAAGAAGAAGAAGGAAAUAUUAAUAAACCUCUAAUCAGCUCGACACACACAACACAACAAGCAAGCAGCCGUAUCAAAUCGAUCGUGUGGCCAAAAGGCGGGGCAAGGGCGGAUGAUUGAACAGCAUCGCACGGACCACACCCACCCACCCACCUCCUCCUCCAACUGCACCCAAUCGAUAGAAGAAAAAAACCAUCCACCGGAGAAGAGACGUGAUGGGUGGCCGCUACCACUCAGGACAGGUUUUCCCAUAAGUUCUCAUAGCGGUGGGACACUUGAUUUACUUUUUCCUAUUUGGAAAUGAACUUCAUGCAUUGGAAAUUGGACUCUACAGCACCCUUGUUGGAUAAAUCCAAUAGGAAUUUCUACGGAGCUGGUCCAAAAAGCGUGCCAUAAAGUCAAAUUUCCAACUUAAGAAGUUCACUUCCAAUAAGAAAGAUUAAAGGAACUGUCCCACAAGUAUGGAAACCCCUGGAAAACUCUGUAACAUGCUGUGAGCCAUGUUUUAAAGUGUGUCGUAAAGUGUUAAUUGUUCCGAUUUUUUGUUUCAUUCUUUCUUGCUAUUUAUCGUCUGCUGUUGUGUGCAUCGUUUGCGCGAAGAUUAAUAGAUGGGGCAAGAAAGCUGGGUGUAAAAAAUAGGCUGCCCUGGGUGUGUGUGUGUGUACUUUGCAUACGCAACCAUUAGUUGUUGGCCCCAAUGCCCGGCAUGAUUUCUAUAGAAAUGCAUCCCACUCAGCGAAUGAUAACGAUCAGGCAUCAGCAAUCAGUGUUAGGUUUUAUGCGAAAGCGAGGAUGGUGGAAGGCAGCAGGCGGCCAGCACCCAAUCAUCACAUGGGCGCAAUAUUUGAAUGUUGUAAAUGGUAAACAAAAAGGAGAGGCAAACAUCGUACGAAUGUUGAGGCUAUUUCGAGAGCGGGAUGGACACAUAAAAACACACACACAUUAUUAGGAAGCUUAUUGGAAGUGUGUGUUACUUACAGUGCUGCAAAAAGUCCCUGUUAAUGUCAUUAAAAAAAUCUGACUGAAACAAAAUCCAUUUCAGCGUCACGUACUCAAUUGUGAUCAUCAGAGGUGAUACUCAAAACUCGAUUGGUGUGACCAUGCUUCGUGACAUUGUUGCGCUUGGUCGGUCACUAUGUCAUGACUUUUUUUUACUGUGAUCAGUUCAGCAAAAAGUCACUGACAUAGUCAUGGCAAAUUCC